GCGGGCUGGAGAAGAACUUGCUGAAACGCGCGGGGUUGCAGAAGGUUUUCCUGGACUCCGCGACCUCCUGGCAUCCUCCGCCGCCGCCUAGGAACGGGGCGGUCGGCCGAAGGACGGACGUUUCCCGGAGCCGCUCCCCGCAGAGGGGAGAGAGAUGGCUGACCCUGGGAGCGGGUGGUCGCCGAGCGCCAGGAAGAUCAAAAUGGAAGGCCUGUCUGAUGUUCCCUCUUUUUCAACUAAACUUCAAAACACUCUGAUCCAGUAUCACAGCAUUGAAGAAGAUCAGUGGAGAGUUGCAAAGAAAGUGAAAGAUGUAACAGUUUGGAGAAAACCCUCAGAAGAAUUUAAUGGGUACCUAUACAAAGCUCAAGGUGUUAUGGAUGACACUGUCAAUAAUGUAAUAGACCAUAUACGCCCGGGACCCUGGCGCUUAGAUUGGGACCGGCUAAUGACUUCACUGGAUAUUUUAGAGCACUUUGAAGAGAGUUGUUGUGUGAUGCGCUAUACCACUGCUGGUCAGCUCUUGAAUAUUAUUUCCCCAAGGGAGUUUGUUGACUUCUCCUAUACUGUGGGCUAUGAAGAAGGACUUCUAUCCUGUGGGAGAAGUGUUGACUGGAGUGAAACAAGACCGGAAUUUGUUCGCGGCUAUAACCAUCCCUGUGGCUGGUUUUGUGUCCCACUGAAAGACAAUCCCAACCAGAGUCUCUUGACAGGCUAUAUUCAGACAGAUCUCCGCGGCAUGAUCCCGCAGUCUGCAGUCGACACGGCAAUGGCAGGCACUUUAACCAACUUCUACAGUGAUUUGCGAAAAGCUCUACGAAAGGCAUGAUACGUUCAGCUUGUAGUGCCGAGGUUUGCUGCAGCUGCAUGACCCAGGAAAGCCGUCAGUUCCUGCCUGCUGCACAAGCCUGCAGAAACACUGGAGGUAUUGUGGGUCCCAUGGCACACUCACUUUACAGUAAACGUACAUAACUAUGUAAAUAGGCCAUUUCAAAUUUCUUAAGCUUCUAUUUGCACCUUGUUCGGAGGUAGAAGCGUGUCUGAGGAUGCAAAGGAAGGGAUACCAAGAUGUAGCUUCUGGUCCUUAGUGUAAUCUAUUCACGCAAGUGAAAGAGUGACUCAAGGUGAAGUUUUUGGCUGCUUGGAAACUAUGAGUGUGCGAGCUCCAUGCCACUCAUGGUAUUUUGGAGCUUUUUGAACAUCUUGUAAAAUUUUAAUAGUUCUUAAUGUAAAUGUGUAUGUUACUCUUGGUAUGUUCUGUGAGUUUGCCACUACCUUGGACAAAGGAAAAAGUUCUCCUUAGUCUGUAAAUAUAGAGUUCAUUGUGUGUUGACUUAUACUAUUUUAAGUAUUAGAAAGACCACACAUGCUGAGAUUAGCCAUUCUUGUAACUGUAGGCACAAUUCAGUACAGUUUUAUUUUGAUACCUAGGUAACAUUUUUCUGCAAAGUCUGUAAAAACAUACUUGUGUCUUUAUGUGUAUUUAUUCUGGGAGUGACUGAAAACAGGCAGGCAUGCCCUGGUGGCAUCUCGCUGAGCACUAGCUGGCAUUAGAGGAACCAGCUAGUGGGCUCCCUCCUCUCCAGCAGAAGGUCACUGCUGAAAAGUGCAUACUUCGGUUUUUAGCUCAACUUGAAGCUACAAACUGCAUGCUAAAACCAUUCACAGUUUUUAUGUAGCUUCUAUCUAGAACUAUAACAGAAGCAUUAGAUUCCGCCAGAUGCCUUGAUGUCCUGGUGUGACUAGACGAAACCAUAAUGGGACUAUUUUAGGUGAACAUUCCUUCAUGACUGUGCCAUUCCAAAUCAUCCUUUGACUUUUGAAUAUCCACCUAGUUUACUUCUAGAAUGGAUAUUUGAGGUGACUCCAUGUCCACACACAUCUUUAGGUCUGUGUGAGCACUCGGCAUGAAAGCCAUUGCAGGGUUGUGUCCGGUCCUCGUGCGUUACUAUCGUGGCUCUCCACUGCGAGCCUAUGUCUUCCCCAUUUUCUUGUUCUGUGUUGUUGGUUGGUAGGUGGGUGGGUUUGCGUUUUGGUUUGGGCUAGUGUGAAGUAAAGUGAGCUCUGGAAAUAACUGCAGGCAGGCAAGCCACAAAAAGGCCUACAAAGUAUGUGAGAGCUCAGCUGCAUGAAGGAAUGGUUCAAAUGCAUGAAGGUUUGGCUUUCAUUUACAUGUUUGUUUCUCUAAAGUGUGAAGUCAACUCUUUACAUUUAUUUUGACAGUCAAAAAAGUAAAAUUGUUUUUUUUCUCUUUUGGGACAAAAGGUGGUGGCGUCAGCAUUCCUGGUGAAUAAUUUCAGUUUUUAGACUGGAAUAACUGUGUUCUCAGUUUUUAAUUGCUAAGGGUUUUUUGUUUGGUUGGUUUGUGUUUUGUUUUUCUAGUCAAAGCUUUUCUGUGUAGCCUUGGCUGUAUAGACCAGGCUGGCCUUGAAGUCACAUGGAUCUGCCUGCCUCUGCCUCCCUGAGAGCUGGGAUUUAAAGGUGUGUGCCACCCCAUCUGGCUUUAAUCAAUAAGCUUUUAAUUCCUAGUCUGAAUUUAUUGUAACUUUUGAACUGCUAAAUAUCAUCACUACUUUUCCCUCCUUCAACAGGGAAAGAAAAUGCAGUUGAGAGUCCAGUGAAGAUUGUUAAGUGUUAACUCUUAACUAUGUCUUCUGUAACUCUAUCUGUUUUUACUGCUGUAGAGCAGAAGGCCUCAGAUGUCUCAUUAUUCUGUCCAUGAGGAUAAAGUAACAACAGCUUGGGUAAACACUUUGUGACAAGACUGGGCACAUUAGUGUCAGGGCUGCCAUUUGCCUGAGCCAGAGGCCUCUAACGACCACGGCUACCUGGGGUCAUCUAGCUAGUGUUCCUUCCGUCUUCAUCAGCUGAGACCUCGAGUGAGUGGCAGGUAAUUCACUGCUGAGCAUAGACCCACAGCAAGUAAAACAAGCCUGAUAGAAAUGUUUUCAUUGCCAUUUUGAUUUCAAGGUAGGUUCAGAAAUUAUACAUGAAUUGCCUGACACUAAUGUUGGCUUUGUGUGACGUGGCUUUAUCAAGGUAGAGCUCACAUAAUGUACAGUGUAUUGGAGGUGAAUGGCUAAGUUUGUAUUCUUAAAAAAACAUGUUUGAAGAGUUGUGCAGCCAUCACCACAGUCCAGUUUUAGAACAUUUCUGUCACCCAAAAAGAUCUCCUUUUUCUGAAUAUACUGUGUAUACUCGUCUAACCAGAGUUUAUCCCACUUGGCAGUAUCAGGAAGAAGAUGAGAAAGAUGACAUUAAACUUGUUAGGUUUUGUUUCUGAGAGUAGAGGUGUGUGUGUAUGUGAAAAUUUAAACUCAGGAACAUUUAUAUGUCUUAAGUAUGUUUAUGUCAAGCAUUUAAUAUGAAAAUGAUGUGAAGUGGGGAUGAUCCUAGCAUAUAGUUGAACUGCUGCUUCUGUAGCAAUGCUAUCACAGAAAAAUAAUAAAAGCCAUAUAUGUAACUUAAAAUAUCCUAGCAAAUGCUGGGGAGAUGUCAGCAGUAAAAGAACAUUUGCUGCCCUCACGGAAGACCUGAUUCUAUUCCCAGCACUCACAGGGAGGUUUACAGCUGUUCUUAACUCCAGUUCUGGAGGAUCUCAUGUCCUCUAGCCUCUGCAGGCGUGAGGCAUGCACACAGUGCAUAUACACACAUGCAGAGAAAACAUUUACACACAGAAAGGAAAAAAGCACACAGCUGAAAUUCAUUUUAUCAGUGUUUUCUUUGACUCACUAUAUCCAAAGUAAUAUGCAAUAUGCAACCAAUGUAAAAAGUUACUGAGUUACCUUAUGGUGUCUAUUAAUUCUUUGAACUAGGAUGUGUGUUUUACUGCUGUAGACUAGCCAUACUUCUCAUUAGCCACAUGAGCCCUGCAGCUAUGGUAAUGAAUAACACAAAUCUAUAGUGUGUGUUUCAUGUGUCUCCCUAUAAGCUGAAGCAGAAAAUUCACGAAUUGCUUUCUUACAGAGUUUUUUUUUUUUUUUAUAGCUGAGCACUUUAGUGCUUGCUGAAUAAGACAUAAGUACUUUAGAAAUAUAAAUAAAUAAAUAAAUAACUGAUUCCCAGUAAAUUAGAAUGUAUUGCUUCAGAAUUAUUUUCUUUAAAAGUAAUUUUUGAUAGGACAGUGAAGGACAGGAAAAAAAUAUAACCUACUACAUCACUGUGUCGUUGAGCAUUUCCUAUAGCUUAUAGUUUGUUAAGGAAAUGUGUAUAUUCUGGAAAUGCUUGCCAUAGUGUUGUGUUCAGUACCGGAGGUUUUGAAGAUGCAGAAAAAACACUGCAGUCUUUGUCCCUCAUUCUUUCUUGAACUGAGAAAUUCCCUUUGCUGCCAAUGGCAGGUUUUCUUUUGUCUGUGUGUGUGUGUUUAUGAGAGCAUGGUAGCAUCCUUACAGUCGGAUGUUAAAUUAAAUGGUUAUUGUAGUUUUCUGAGCACAACAGAGAAGCUAAUGGAAAUCUGGACUUGUCGAGGACUUCUUAAAAACUUACGCAGUUGCUUGUCCGUCUUCUUCUGCCCUUUCUUCUUUUCUGUGCCAAGGCCUGGUGCAUCCUGGGACUGAGCUACAUUUGUAGCUCGUAGGAGAGCUCACUGGACUUCUACAAGUAUGGGGUGGUGAGAUCUGAGCAUAGAAGAAACCUGAGCUUCAAUCUAGAGCUGAGGACUGGAAUUACAGUUUCCUCACCAUUUUAUUUCCAGGGAUUUUACCUAUAUUGCUAUGUAUUAAAAUUCAUCUCUUAUAUUCCCACAAAUGGUAUACUGAGAUUAUUUUUAGGAAGUUUAUUAUUUUAUGAAUCUGUAUAUGUAAUUAGAAUAAAGAACUAUUGAUAUAAAUAAAAUGUAUUUUUAAAUUUCAGUGGAGUAUGUCUGAAUAAAGAUUUUUAGAUUGUUACUGGUCA